UGAAUUCUAAAAAGAAUUCGUACCCUGUAAAAGCUACAUAUAUAUUUUCAACUAUGACUAAACAUUACCAUUAUCCGAUCAGAAUUGAGGAUAUGCUCAUCAAAAAUCGCAAAGUGCAAUACGUUAUUGGUGCGGUGCUCAUAGCUUGCAUAAUUUUCAAGAUAUUUCCCCUCUAUAGGGCUGCUCCACCACAACGAACCUACGCAGAUUUCGAACAGAGUCUAUGCAAAAACGACAUCCAGACUCGAAAUCUCUGGAACAGAAAACAGUGCCCAGACCAAGGAAUUAUUACUGUAAUGGAAGGAGGUAGACUAGGUAACCAAAUGUGGGCAUAUGUCACAGUUUGGGCCUACGCCCGAACUGGGAAACUGAAGCCCUAUUUACCAAAAUGUGUAAAAGAUCAAAUGGCCCUGAUGUUCGACCAAUUAACAAUACCGGAUUUCGAAGGUAUCUCACAUUGUCCUGUGAAGUUUGAGGAGCAGUACGUAAAUAAGUCUAAUUUAUAUUGGAGUUUUACCAAUAAGAGCAUAAUAAUUAUACCAAAGUUUUAUCGUAAUCCUACGUUGCUUUUACGGUGGCUUGACGAUAUACUGCCAGAGUUCAGAUUCAAUAAGAAGCUUACAGAGAAUGCUCAGAAGAUAUUGACGGGCUUCGUUAGAAAUUUACCAGCAAAAUCUUAUACUUUCAUUGCUGUUCAUGUACGUAGGACUGAUUAUAUAGGAUAUAUAGCAAGAAUCUACGGUGAUUCAGCGGCAUCUCGCCAGUUUUACGUCAAAGCAAUGAAAUACUAUGAAAACAAAUUCCCUAAUUGUCUUUUCAUAUUCAUCAGCGACGAUCCCACUUGGUGUUAUCAGGAAUUUGGCAAUCGGGAAAAUGUCUACGUGACUUCAUAUGGAACGGAGAAGCUGAACUCUCCGGCCGAAGAUAUGGCUGUCAUGGCAGCUUGCAACCAUACAAUUAUUGAUUAUGGAACGUUCGGUGAAUGGGGAUCAAUAUUGGCUGGUGGCGAAACGGUUUAUUGCAAUUUGAAAGUAAACGAUUACAAGGGACUGGCAAAAUGGAAAAAUUGGACUAAGAUGGAUAAUUAACUCCAAGCGAGGGUGAUCGUGAAUAAUCCAUGUUACUAUUUUUUUUUAUUUUCUAGAGUACUUGAUAGAAUACAUUAUCAAACUUCGCAAUGUCGUGUGGGUGCAAGAGCUGUAAACAACUAACUGAAUUGAUUAUCUAUUUCCGAAAACCUAGGGCACUUUAGUAAGGACACCACUAUCAGUGCCACUGCUAUUGUUUUGUAUCUAUGUAUCUCUGCGAAAAACAACAUAAUAAUAAUAAUAAUAAUUAUAAUAAUAAUGAUAAAGUGUCUAUUUACAAAUGUAAGAAGAUUACAUUUGCCCAAAGGACGAAGAUUAGCUAGAGCUACUCUUAACCCUAUAUUACACAAGAAAUACUUAUAAAUACCUAAUACAAAUUAUAGAUUAUAAGAAAUUCAGACAUGACAUUAUGAAUAAAACUUACACAAGUAAUU